UAAAUUUAUAAAAAGAGGGUUAGUUUACCCAGAAGUGAAAAUUUACUCACUAGAUAUGGAUUAGUUUAUUUCUUCAAAUGGAUUUCUUCUGAACAGAUUUUGAGAAAUUUAGCAUUACAUUACUUGCUCACCAAUGGUUAAUGUGGAGUUAAUGGGUGCCAUCAGAAUGAAAGUCCAAAUAGCUGAUCAAAACAUCAAUUUAGCCAAAAGUGGAAAAGGCUGUAUUUGUAAUAAAUUCAUUAUUAAGACUUAAACUUAAAAUCAUUGCUUUUGGCUGAUAUAUGCGUUCUCUAUCCACAACGUUGCUUUCUCCAGUUAAAGUCAUCUCGUCUGAAUUAGGAAGGAAAUAUGUACUGAUCAAGUGAAAAUGGUUCUAGACAAAUUAUUUUGGAUUAUUCUGAUGCUUUUAUCAGCUAUUUGGACACUCAUUCUGAUGGCACCCAUUCACUGCAGAAGAUUCAUUGGUGAGCAAGUGAUGAUAAAAUGCUACAUAUCUCCAAAUCUGUCCCGAAAAAAAAAAUUCAGCAAAUCUUCAUGUAUGGGUGAGCUAAUCUUUUAAGUGUUUUGUAGAAAUGUACUUGUUCUCUAAGUGGUGUUUUUUUUUUUUACCAGUUCGACCCAUUGGAGUCUUACAAUCAGGCUGCUUUCACCCAGCAUUCAGUAAUAUUUGCUUUUAGAAACAUUGCAUGAUAAUGGAGACCUGCAGAUGGUUAAAAACAAGCUGUGCAGUACAUUUCGCCCCUUUGAACAUGUAUGCCAUCCUCAGGUUUGCCCCAUAUUCAGCGAGCGCAUUGCGGGCUGUAAUUUGUGCGGGUUAUGAACGGAUGACCGGUUCUCGUCUCAGGUUGACUCUGCGGCCCACCCACCUGCAUAGGAAUAGCUAAGUGCACAACGGCUAAUUGGUGUCUGUAGGAAGCCGAUGAGGGGGAAGAUAUGAGCCUGAAGUACAUAUACAAUAAUUGGAAAAAAACAAAGCGUUUAUUUAAAUCAACGAAGCUUCAGAUCUCUGUGGUUUGCACAAUAGGCCCUAAAGUCUGCAAAACCGUUCGCCCUUUUUACCUGUGAGAAUCAAAAUAUCAAGACAAACACAAAUGAACUGCUCUACUGGCACAGAGUGGUUAAUAUGUAAAGCCCUCGGUGGAUUGUGUUUGCGUCGCUCUCCGUGGUGCUGAAGCGGUGAUUGACGGCCGUCGAGGACAGAGGCUCAGCACUGGGCUGCAUGCGUCUGUGUCGAUGUGUGAUUAUCAACCCGAGCUCAUGUGUUUCACAUUAGAGUUGGGGCAGAUUAAUUAAGCGAAAUUUUUAUCGUCGAUUUAAUCAAGCAUUCAAUUGCCUAGAUGAUAAAUCUUAGAAAUACUUCUUGUAACUAAAGUUGUAUUGCAAACGAGUAUUUUUAUGCGGGCGGGGAUCAGAUUAACAGUUUGAAUCAAUGUUUUUUUUAUAUUAUUUAGAUGUAGGUCGUGCAGUACUUAAUCCAUUUGACAUGUUUAUUUUGUAUGUAUUUAUGUGAAUGUUCGGCUUUUACAAGGAUGUGCCCAUAGAACAGGCAACGGCUGUGUCAUCAUGCAGGUUUGCCUUUUCUUUUAUUUGCAUUUUGUUUGCUAAACCCCUCACUGUUACAUUUAGCCAGCGCUACUCGUCUUUUUUUCGAAUCCUUGCAGUUUCUUGCAACCCAUUGUUGUAAUCUUUAAGGGCAGGGGAUCAAGAUUAUUAGAGUCACAAACAAAAUGACAUCGUUGCCAUGGCAACCGAUCAGUGUGUCUCCCCUAAACACACACACACACCGUAUUGCUUAGCCAGCCAUAUUCGUGGCAAGGAUGAGAAAUAAUUUGAGAAACGAAACACUUGAAGCGAUCGGGAAUCAACGUAUCAAACCCUCAUCAACACCGUCUCGCUAAACCAAGAGACGCACUAUUCAGCGCAGCGGACCUCUGUGAGAACACCCGCCUCAUUCCACCGGUGUUUCGUGACAGGGUUGGAAUGUUCCUGUGUGCACACUUUGCAGGCGGCGUCGAUUAACGGCAACGUUAAGGAGCAACGGGGGGAAAAUGCAUGGCAUCGGUGCCGUCCGUUAUUCUGGGCGUUAUUGAAAAUAUAUGAGGGACUUCGAGGGUUAUCUCACCUGGAAUACUUUCACAGUAAAGAACGGUAACACGCAAACAAGUUUGUGCACGAUCAGUUGCCUAUCGCUAAAAACCGAUGCUUUUUCUGUAGUACGAACAUGGAAAGAAACGGCGUAGGUGAGAGAAAAACCUGGAAAGAUAUAAGUGACUAAAACUGUUGUUUUGUUACCAAAAGACUAGCCUAGAGUACUUCUACCAGCAGUAGAAAAGUGCUGAAACAGUUUGUGGAAAUAACAGGAUUUGUCAGCCAUCGUCGUCACUCAGGGUUAAGUGAGAUGUGAGACUGUGGGUGUUGUGAGGAGCCGGAGGAUGCAGUACAGAGGCACAUCGCUUGAUAACUGAACACUUCAUAACCGCCAGCGGAUUCCAAGAUCGACCCUGCAAAACAGUGAGGAAACAGCCAUGUCCACACCAUGGGAUUUAAAAUCAUUUCACCAAGAGCUUCAGCAAACCCUUUCAAAUGUUUCUCGGUCUCAAUGAAAACUAAGCUUAUCUUAAAAGCAAAUCUGUUGAGUGAACCUUAAGAAACUGGAAAGCGACUGGAAGGUUUUUACAUAGUCUCUACCCUUGGAAAUUUCUAUUGUGAAGACAAUCAGCCUUGAAAACGUUUUACGUCUUUUCUGCCAUCAUCAGUUUGUGUGUGUGUGUGUGUGUCUGUGCCAACGGUUUAUUAUAUAUUCUGAAUACACAUCUUAAAUGCAAGUAGAUAGGACAACCAUUUUAUAUUCAAUGUGACUUAUAUAUUCAUACCUGAUUUCUUUUACCUAUUUUAGAUUUGCACACAGGAUUAUCCAUUUGGUAAUUGUUUACAUGCUUAAUGAGGAAACGCACACUCAUUGAAUCUCACUCCAUGAAUGAGAUACGGAACAAAAUCAGAAUGAUUCCUCACCAUACUGCCCUCGAACCCUCAAAGGAGUUCAACAUCCGGAGUAGUCUUGUUAACACGUAAACAAGUGCAGUACAACAAGAUCCAUUUCUGAGUUGUUGUUGUUGUUGUUUUUUCACCAAGUGUAUGAAAACUGUUUAUACUAGUUAAUAAUAGCAAACAUUCAGGGAGCAUUACAGGUCAGGGAAAUCUGCUCAAAGACUUAAGUGCCAUUGCUGAACGUAAAGAGUGCCCAAAUUAAAAAUAAUAAUAAUCAUUGUGAUCAGCAAAACAUUCGUUUACAUUUUAAAGAUGUUUACAGUUGCCCCUUUCUCUUAAACGAAUCUUUCAUCCUGAUAAGUGCCAAAACUGGGAAUUAAACCUAAACACUUUUAUUGUAUACAGUAUACUACAUAAUUGCCUUCAUGUGUCAACGCUGAAUAUAGACACUAGAUAUUGAAGUAAUAGAAGGACAGUAACGAGAAGCCAUUUUGUUUGUCUGUGGAUAUCUGAAAAUGUAUAUUUUUCAAGAAAGGGAAUACCUCAAAAGGGAUUUUUAAUUCCUGUUUAUACAAAAACUAGCCGAUUGUGUGUUGCCUGCAUCAAAUAUUGUCGGCAUUUGGAUUGUUUUCCAGCAAUGUGCUGGACGGAAGCACUGCAUGAUGAGAGACUGUGUGUUGUGUAACUCACCUCGAAGCUGAAAGCACAUCAGAAUAGUUCUUUUUCUCUCGCGCCGUCUUGGAGUGUGACCGUUCACGGCGCACACUUUUUAACAGACUUUGAAAACAGAUUUUCCUUUCAAGACUGUUUUCAUAAAGACCCAGAUUUCAUACGUCGGAGGGCUGCUACAAGAAUAUUUUACAUACGGCGCAAGGCAGACUGUUUUUACAAAAUUCAGCAUUGUGCGGUGGGUUGAGUCAGCGAGAGAAAAUAGCAGCGUUAGUCAUGUAAAGAUGAUGCCCACCUUGGAAGCUCGAGUGCGUGUCAUCAUUCUCUUUCUGCUAGUCGCUUUCCCACUUAACGCUUCUUCGGCGAGCGUCCCGGGCCCCACCAGAAACACACCAAAUGGGCCUAUCAUCAUUACCCCUACAUCCAACCCCAUAUCUCAGGGUAGGGGCUUUCUGUACCCCCUUUCUAAAAACGGUCGGGGCAUGCGAGGGAAGUCGAUGAAUCAUCGGCCAAAGGAGCCAGCUGGAGCGGCAGAAAUGCCCCCCAGGCCGCUGCCUCAGAUAAUGCUGCCAAAGAAUGCAACGACUGAUGCACUGAAGGGACCUUUUAGAGCGGUGAAGGUACCUCCGCCUCCUCGCAAACUGGUGGAAGUGGAUGUUUGUCGGGGUUAUUAUGAUGUCAUGGGCCAGUAUGACAUCACCUUUAACUGCUCCAAGGAUGACUUCAUCUACUGCUGCGGGACCUGCCAUUAUAGAUUUUGUUGUCCGGACCGCUCUCGAAGGCUGGACCAGAACAUCUGCCACAACUACCAUUCCCCAGUGUGGGCCAAUACGGCCCCACCUGUGACCAGGCCCUCGCUGCCUGCCUACCCGGACCUCAACCGCAUCGAACAAAGCAACAACACGGUCUAUGUCAUCGGUGGAGUCAUUUCGUUUACAGUGGCGGUGGCAGUGGCCAUUAAAGUGGCGUUCCACAAGGCGUCACGGCAGCCUAGGAACAGGGAACUCAACAUGCCCAGGGCUCUUGUGGAAAUGCUGCGUCACCAGUCGAGUCCAGUUCAAGAGGGAGAGAGAAACAACAGUGUUGCCUUGGGAACUGGAGGAGGAGAGGGGACUCUUGGACGACCCCCGAAAAAUCUCUAUCCAACGCUACAGAGUAAAGAUAACCGACUGGGGAAUCUACAGCAUAACUUCAUCCAUACAACAGGUUCCAGUCCCAAACAUACAGCCACCAUUGAGCGUGGACAACAUAUGAAUAACAUGCAGCUGGCCACCGGUGGCACACUGAAGCCCAGUAAACAUACUAAUGCCAUGAAGCCCCAGCCGUCCUUCCAUCACUCUCUACAUAACCUGGCUCAGCUGCCGCCCUCGUAUGAAGCUGCCAUGAAGCCUGAGAUCAACAGAUACUCAUCUCUCAAGCGUCUGGAGAAAGGAGGAUUGGAGGAAUAUUCAGGUUACUGUACCACCAAACGGAGGCCCAACAACGCCCCUCCUUCCUUUCAUUCCUCCCAGCAUCACCUUCCCUGGGGUGGUGACUACACGAUGGGGGGAAGAGGCACGCUUCCCAACCGUGGUACUCGUCCUCGAAUACCUCAUCCACAGUCUGCCCCAAGCCACACCCCGAAUCCUUACCCUCUGGAUCCACCGGAGUCAAAACAAAACCAGAACUAUGAUACGCUUUCCAAACCACCACGUCGUGUCAAAUCAACAGACCAACUCCUUGCCCUCUGUGACGGCAACACCUUAUCAAGGAUGUCGAAGAACCAGCAGCACCAAUACUACAAAGCCAUGGCCAAUUCAUCAAAGAAUACCAAUACGAACACCCUGAAGAAGUCCAAGGAGAGGCUGCUGAUGUCCCCAGACCAUCUAGAGGAGGAGGCAGGUGGGGAUGAGUACGACGAAAGCACGAUGGGUAUGGGAAUGAGCGACUACACGGCCCACACUGGUGGAGGUGGAAUGGUACCCACCUUGCCCCGUGUAAGCCACCAGAAAGCUCAAUCACAGCAGAAUGUUUGCGCCACACCGUCCCUCGACCGGCACCACAUGAUCAAGAUGAACUCGCACCCGACCUCAGGGCGAGAGCAGGAGCGGAAUUCGUCAGCAAUGUCAGGUCACCUGGGAGGAGGCGGGGCUGGAGGAGUGGGAUGGGGCGACAUGCCUGGAACAGGAGUUGUCAUGGGAACAGGGACUCUUAGUGGACACAGUGCCAGGAGGCUUGCAUUUGCAGCUAAAAGGCAAAAUACCAUUGAACAACUUCACUUCAUCCCUGGUGGAGGGGGAAGUGGAGGAGGAGUGGCAUCAAACCAAGGGGUUAGAACGGGAAGCAAGAAUGAGGUUACUGUGUGAACAAGAAGCUGGAGAGGGAAGGAGGGAAUGGAGAAUAUGGGUGAGUGAUAGACUGUGUGAAGAGUUGGAGGAUGGUAGAGGGACUGUGGGAGAGAGAGAGUGGGAGGAAGAGGGAGAUAAAUACCAAGAGAAGAGAGAAAAGGAGUAGGAGGAUGGUAAAGGAAUAAGAGAAGCAGAUUUUGAAGUAGGGGGCCACGAAGUGGCACCAUAUUUUUUACAGAUAUAUAUUGUGUAUAUAGAGGCAAAUUCAUAAGAUAAGAUUAGAUAAGUUUUAAGUCAGGUUUGAUAGAGCUUCAAAGUUGUUGUGCUUUUUAUGUUCAUGAAAUUGCCGCUAUAAUUAUGAUCAAAGCUGCCAUAUACAACUAUUUAUUUGCGAAAAGUUUGCCUAUAAUCUACUGCAUAGAAUAUCAAUAGAGUGUAAUAUAAAUUCCACAUGAUGUGACAGAUGAACAGAAACAUUUUUCCUAUCUUUGUCAUGUUUUUAUCCUCAGAUAUUUCACAUUAUUACACUUUUCAUAUAUAGCUGCUAUGGAAAAAUAUAUUUCAGAGAAUGGCUUUCAUCUUAUAACUAAAAUGGAACUACUGGGAGACUAAUAUAAUAAUUAACGUCAGCAUUAAGUGGAACCGGAUGAAUAUGAGUUGAGCGCUUAUCCUAACUGAUGAAUUGUAAAGCUACUUACAGUUGGACAAACGUAAUGCUGGAUCUUAUCUCUUUUUAAAUCCUAAUCCACUUCAACAUAAUGAGGAAGUGUGGCAGGGUUUUCACAGCAUAUGUCAAAAUGAAUGAAGACGGAGCAAUUUGAGGAGCAUAUCCAUAAACUCCUUUUGAAUACUGCGAGACAGAGAAAGCAAGCCUCACCAUUGUUUCACCUGCAUCUUAUUCAGUGUGAAUUUAACAUGGAUGUACCAAGUGAGUUUCUGUUAAUUUCUUUUUUUUUUUUUUUAGGAAAUACUGAAAAUAGUACAUAAGUUUUAAAUUCUCAAGUCUGCCCUUCAGUACAUAACUGGAGAUUGCUUUGAACUAUUGAGGAAAGCCAUUCUGGGACACAAUUGGGCAGAAAAGCCCAGUAGAAUACCAAGAGAAAUGUCUGACAAUCAUCUUUUUUUCCCCCUUAAAAAGACUCAUUAAUGAUCAAUGGCACUUUGUUUGGAUACUGAGCCACCACUUUCUACAAUGUCCAAGUGCUGGGAUUUGUAAGGAAGA